CAAGGCGGUCCCGUCUAGAGCUGCAAGAAACCGCCGUUGAAAGAACCGCGCCCAUGGCUGGGAGAGAGGAUGUCCUUCGGGAGGAGUUGCUUGAGCGGCUGCGGUCUAGAGUGCAGCAAGCACUUUCAAGACAACCUGUCGAUUUGGACUUCCUCGAGUUUGUCUGCAACAAUGAAUUAAAUUUAAUUCAGUCUUUUGCUGAUCAGAUACACAUUGGCACUGACAUUUUGCAGCAGUUAAACCAUUUGUUGGAGCUGGUCCAAGCUGCAGUUGAAAACAAUCCAGCUGUGUCACAUUUAGACACAGCUGUGCGGAUUAAGAGGAGGACCCAGGCUGAUUAUACAGAGAGAUCAGUUGCAUUACUUACUAGAAGCACAAUUCUCAGUACCCUGUAUAGCUCAGUUGUUAGGGGUAUCACAACGCACUAUAUUCCGUAGGAUGGAGGAAUAUGGACUAAGUGUGACAGGAUGCUACAGCACCAUGACUGACUCAGAACUUGAUAACAUGGUGAGAGCUAUAAAAACCCAGAUGCCCAAUGCAGGGUACAGAAAUGUGAAGGGACAGCUCAUGGCAAUGGGUAGCCGUGUGCAGUGGGAGAGGAUAAAGGCAUCGAUGCAUCGUGUGGAUGCCGCUGGAGUUCUUUCCCGACUUGCACAACUUGGCUGCAUUGUGCGAAGAUCAUACUCAGUUCGAGGUCCCCUUGCACUGGUACAUGUUGACACCAACCAUAAACUUAUCAGGUACAACCUGAUAAUAUUUGGUGGAGUUGAUGGAUUUUCCAGAAAGGUCCUGUAUUUGGAUGCAGCAACUAACAACCGUGCCAGUACAGCAUUCUCCUUUUUCUUUGAGGCCACCCAGCUCCAUGGUGUUCCAUCAAGGGUUCGUGGAGAUCAAGGAGUUGAAAAUUUGGACAUCGCCUACUUCAUGUUUGCGAGACGUGGAACUGGCCGAGCUAGCUUUAUCUCUGGAAAAAGUGUACACAAUCAAAGAAUCGAACGGAUGUGGCGAGACGUGUGGAUGGCUGUCACCUGCAUCUUUUAUGAUGUGCUUCACACACUGGAGGAAGAUGGGUUCCUGGAUAUUUCCAACACGGUGCACCUUUUCUGCGUGCAUUAUGUCUUCUUACCUCGCCUUCGGCAGCGUUACACAUCUUUGCUGCAGGUUGGAAUAGCCAUCCCCUCAGGACAGAGGGAAACCACACUCCACAACAGCUCUGGCAUAUGGGGCAACUCAACACUCCAGAGGAAGAGGAAAAUCUUGAGGAACUGCAAAACCCAGAACUACACUGGGAGGAUGCCCUGAUGACCCCUGAGACCUCUGUCAGUGGAGUUCAGGUCCCAGAAUUUGAGGUGCCUCUGGCUGAUGAAGAACUGGCAGCACUUCAGUCUGCGAUUGACCCUCUAACUGAUUCGGAUUCAAAUGGCUAUGACCUUUAUAUCGAGGUGCUAAACUUUGUUAGACUAAACACUUCAACACCCAUUGAUUAGGCAAUUAAGUAUCCUUAAGCACAAACAUCUUGAACAUCCUACAUGUAAUCAGCCAUAAACUAUAUGCUACAAGUCACAUUCACUUUAAAUUUGUUAAUUUCAUCCUUGGGCAAAGGUUUAACAAAAUAUGGCCAGCCAGCUUUUGUCAUUUUUAAGACAGGGUUACCAAUGUUCCAGCAAACCAAAUUCUGAUUUGUAUGUGAAAUUCAAUACCUUUUUUUUCUGUGACUUCUUUUGAAAAUUAUUUUAUUUUUCAUUAACAGAAAAUGUCAAUUUAGAUUAACAUUGCACAUGAACACAUUUGUGACAAAGCUGGAGAAAUAAGAUUUGUAUGUGCAGCAAUGCUACUUUAAAUGCAACAUCAAAACUUCAAAAUUGUUUUUACUGUACACUACCAAGUACUAAUGAUUGUUGAACAGUACAACAGGUUGUGAACAUUCUCUUAAAAUAUUUUGUUUAAACAUUGUAAAUGUAAUCCUGAAUGAAUACUGGACACAAAGGGAAUACUGUGAAUAAACACUUACCGAACAUGCA